GUUCCCUCUCUGGUCGGGUCAGGCGCGGCCGGCCCUGCGAGCGCCCGGCAGAGGCUGAGGGAGAGAAAGAGAGGAGGGGAGGAGGACUCAGGGCGUAGGAGCCGGAGAGCCCUCCCGCGCCACAGAAAAUUUCCAGAGACUUGGUGAAGAUAGGAAAGCUGUCAAAAAGACCAUAGGACUAUUGUAUCUGCUGUUUAUCCUGAAGCUCAGCUGAGGUGGAGCUUAGCUGAUCUGUUUCUUGACUGUUUACUUCCUGUUGGCCAACCAAGACUUUUUUUGGAGAAUUCUAUUGUACAGAGCCUGAUGUCAUCUGUGGGCCAUAACAGGAGCAUGCAUUUGCAAGUGUCAGUUAGAUUUGUGGAUCAAUAAAGUUUUCCUGAAAGGUGGGCACUUUUGGUGACAUUGUCCAGUUCUCAUGAUGUAUCAUUCCUUGUCUGAAACUAGACAUCCUCUGCAGCCAGAAGAACAAGAAGUGGGCACUGACCCCUUGUCGAGUUACUCAAACAAGCCUGGAGGAGAUUCAAAUCAAAAUGGAAGAACAAGUUCUUUAGACUCUGAUGGGACUUUUAAUUCCUAUAGGAAAGAAUGGGAAGAACUAUUUGUAAACAACAAUUACUUGGCAACAAUAAGGCAGAAGGGGAUUAAUGGGCAGCUGAGAAGCAGCAGGUUCCGCAGUAUUUGCUGGAAGCUUUUUCUUUGUGUUCUUCCUCAAGAUAAAAGUCAGUGGAUAAGUAAAAUUAAAGAACUAAGAGCAUGGUAUAGCAGCGUUAAAGAAAUACACAUCACAAACCCUAGGAAGGUUGUUGGGCAGCAAGACUUGAUGAUCAAUAACCCCCUUUCCCAGGACGAAGGGAGUCUUUGGAACAAAUUCUUCCAGGAUAAAGAACUUCGGUCAAUGAUUGAACAAGACGUCAAAAGAACGUUUCCUGAAAUGCAGUUUUUCCAACAAGAAAGUGUGAGAAAAAUUCUUACAGAUGUUCUUUUCUGUUAUGCUAGAGAAAACGAGCAGUUGCUUUAUAAACAGGGGAUGCACGAGCUGCUGGCUCCUAUCGUCUUCACCCUCCACUGCGACCACCAGGCCUUUCUCCAUGCCAGUGAGUCUGCGCAGCCAAGUGAGGAAAUGAAAACUCUCCUGAACCCUGAAUAUCUGGAACAUGAUGCCUAUGCCAUGUUCUCACAGCUUAUGGAAACUGCUGAACCUUGGUUUUCCACUUUUGAGCAUGAUGGUCAAAAGGGGAAAGAAACCCUGAUGCCUCCUAUCCCCUUUGCUAGACCACAGGAUUUGGGGCCAACAAUUGCUAUUGUUACUAAAGUCAACCAGAUCCAGGAUCAGCUACUGAAGAAGCAUGAUAUUGAGCUUUACAUGCACCUGAACAGACUAGAAAUUGCACCACAGAUAUAUGGGUUACGGUGGGUGCGGCUGCUGUUUGGACGAGAGUUCCCCCUGCAGGACCUCCUGGUGGUCUGGGACGCCCUGUUCGCCGAUGGCCUCACCCUGACUUUGGUUGACUACGUCUUCGUGGCCAUGUUGCUCUACAUCCGAGAUGCUUUGAUCUCCAGUAACUACCAGACCUGUCUUGGCCUUCUAAUGCAUUACCCGCUCAUUGGGGACGUUCACUCACUGAUCCUUAAGGCUCUGUUCCUUCGUGACCCGAAGAGAAAUCCAAGACCAGUGACUUAUCAAUUCCAUCCAAAUUUAGAUUAUUACAAAGCCCGAGGAGCAGAUCUCAUGAAUAAAAGCCGGACCAAUGCCAAAGGCGCUCCCCUAAAUAUAAAUAAAGUCUCAAACAGCCUGAUUAACUUUGGAAGGAAGCUGAUUUCUCCCGCGGUGGCCCCGGGCGGUGCUGGUGGCCCCAUGGCAGCGGGCAGUGGCGGCGCCCCCUCCCCGGCCGCGGCUCCCACCAAGACCUUGGCGGAAGCCCCCAGGCACACUCUGCAGCAGCAGCAGCAGAGGCUGAUGAAAUCGGAAAGCAUGCCCGUGCAGCUGAACAAAGGACAAAGUUCUAAAAACAUCAGUUCCUCUCCGAGCAUUGAGAGUUUGCCUGGAGGGAGAGAGUUCACCGGCUCCCCACCUUCAUCUGCUGCUAAGAAGGAUUCCUUUUUCAGCAACAUCUCCCGAUCGCGCUCACACAGCAAAACUAUGGGCAGAAAAGAAUCUGAAGAAGAAUUAGAAGCCCAAAUUUCCUUCCUUCAAGGACAGUUGAAUGACCUGGAUGCCAUGUGCAAAUAUUGUGCGAAGGUGAUGGACACUCACCUUGUAAAUAUUCAAGAUGUGAUAUUACAAGAAAAUUUGGAGAAAGAGGAUCAGAUUCUGGUUUCCCUGGCCGGACUGAAGCAGAUCAAAGACAUCCUGAAGGGCUCCCUGCGUUUCAACCAGAGCCAGCUGGAGGCUGAGGACAACGAGCAGAUCAGCAUCGCAGACGACCACUACUGCUCCAGCGGCGGCGCCCAGCAGGCCCCGCCAGCAGCCCCAGGGCGCCGGGAGCGGCCAGGGGCGGACGACUUUGUCCUGGUCUCCAAGGACGGCGAGGAGCGCAGCGCCGGGCCCAGCCCAGCGGUCCAGGCCCAGCCGCUGCGGCCACUCCGGGGCGCCACCCGUCCGGCGCUAGUGUUCUCCGACCCGCUGACCGGCCCAGCCUCCGCCUCCUCCAGCAACCCCAGCUCCAGCCCCGACGACGACAGCAGCGGCCACAGCAAGGACUCGGGCUUCACCAUCGUGAGCCCCUUGGACCUCUGACGGCCGCCUGGCCGCCCCGGGACAUGCCCCCGGGAGAAGCCCCUGCCCGCGCCCCGGGCCUGCGAGGAGAGGCGGGGCCGCGGGCAGGAGGGGACCUGAUGGGCUCUGAGAUGCAGCCGCUUCCCCGCAGCCCCCACCCCGUAGGGCCCUCAGCAUCUCUCAGCUUCGCAAGCCCGCCGGAAGCUCCCACCUCUCCUCCGCACUCACGGGCCGUCUGGGGAGGGGGAGCGGGCCUCCAGCCUCCCCUCGGGGCACCGGCCAGGAGAACUGGGGAGAACUGGGCCUCCAGAAGUCUGCGUCUCAGGCCCGCUCCUCCCCUGGGGAGCCACCCGCCCAGCCGGGCGCAGCGGACCGACCAGAACCAGUGGCCCGGGCUGGGAGGAUCAAGGCUGCAGCUCAGAAGGCAGGCGCAGGGGCAGCAGGGCUCCCAGAGCACACGGACCCCGGCUGUGAGCUCCGCUCCUCAGCGUCUUCACCUUCAGAAUCUGAGAGUCUGAAAAGAAGGCCCUGAGCUCCAAGCCAGCCUUGCUGUGCGCCCCGCUGGCGCUCCGACGGGGCCUCAAGGAGCAGGAGCCGCUCCCGGAAGCCCCCGCUUUCUCCUGUUGCUUGGCUCGUCCCUCUGAAGAGAAGGUCAGAAGAGGGUUGACUUUCAGUGUGGCGAUCUGGACUGACCGGCAGCUGGGUCACUCCCCCGACAGACUCUGUGAGCUCAGGCAGCACACUUUACCGCUCUUGUCCGCAGCCUCUGUAUCCGGGAAAGGACGCAUCAGAUGGAAUGAUCGCGGAGACCUGUUGGGCUCUCAAGUCUGCUGAUGCUAAAAGCCUGUGUGAACCACAGAAAUGACAUGUGCCUUGCUCUCAGUUAUCUAAGCCACAUGCUAGCUAACACCUUCUGUUACUAUAAAUGUAGCGGUUUCUUAAUAUUUUGUCUUUUUUUUAUGAUUUCUGGAUUUUUCACUGAAUAUUGCUAUUUACUGGCCAGAUAAGUUCAAGGAUUGCUAACAGUAAUCUAAGUUACACAUUAUUUUAUUUCUCAGUCUACAAAUCUUUUAAUUUUUUACUAUUUUCUAUUCGUUUUGGUUUUUUUCCAUGUAGAGUUCAUUUCAGAACUAAGAGCCUCAGCUACUGGCCAGCUGCUCCCCGGUGUGAGCAGGAAGCUGCACUAUUAUUAUUCAAGUAACAGGUUUAAUUUUCUAACUGGAAUGAUACUGAGUGAAGACCAAUGGAGACGCAUACCUUAAUUUGAGCACACUAUCAACAGAAAAAUGAUAAGAACAGGGCCAAGGACUUACUCUGUCAAAGGCCAUUUCAGGGUCUGGGCAGAAAUAAAUUCAGUGUAUCAGCCUAAGCAGAUGCCAUGAGGAAACAGUGAGGCACCACAGUGCAGAUUCCACAUAUAGUUAUCCAGCUCACUUACCCGAGUGGCUGAAAAGAAAACGGACAAAUCAAAAAGCAGCUAUUGAGGAUUUAGAAACCUUUUACCCUUACAAACUUUGCGAGCAGUUUGGUUUGAGAGAAGCAGUCAUUAGUCUGCGGUGUCCAGUUGCUUUUCCAAAAUAGUGUGGCGUCUCACUGAUUUGGAAAAUAAAGUCUGGUGUUAACGACUCAGCUGUCCGGAGGGACACGGCACCUGUUCCAGCCGCUCCACGUGCCCCUGGCUCACAGUCUGCACAGGGUCCAGGCUUAGCCUGCAGCAGAACGGAGAGGCUGAGAAGGGGGCGAGGUGUCUUUACAGAUAGUGGCCGCCAUGUAAAGUCUGGGCCACUGUAUGUACCGAAAGCAAAUGUCAAACAAGACACGCUUCUGACAAAGCUGUUUACCAAGUCGAUGGCCACUCUUGGUAGAACACCUUGAACUGGAAAUUUUAAAAGUGAAACUUUCAUUAAAUGCACAUACUGCUGUUGAAGAAAUAUCAUAAAACAUCUUUUUAAUGUGACCACUACUUCAUACAGAGAAAAGCUAUGUGCAGUGUGUUGCUUCCACGUCGGUGGCCUUCACGUUGCCUGCGUACCCAGCAGGGGUCUCCAGCCAGGAGCAGCCGUCCCACCACAGCACCCUUGAACACAGUGGCUCUGCACGUUCGGGGGUGGGGCUACUUACAUUCUCCUCAGUAAGCGUGGCUCUCAGCAGGCGUGCUGCCAGAAUCAUCCAGAACCCAGAGGCCCCAGCAAUCAUACCUAAGUAAAACUUGUUUUAGGACUCGUUUUUUUUUUUCUCCCCAAUAAAUACUGAUUAGACCAUA